GACAGGUGGACAGCCAUGCUCUCACUGAUCGAGAUGAGUCAAGUGAAUCAAGUCAAAAAACUGUUAGUUCACUUAAAUCUAGGUUUGAACAUUUAAAUCAACAAACACCGCAAGCAUCCAGUGUAAAUGGAUCUAAUCGACUACAAUCAUCUCGUGAACUGUCUUUUCCUAAUGUAGUGAUUAUGGCACAACAACAAAAAAAACAGUCAAAAGUGCUAUUUGAAAAUAAAUCAGCAGCUGGAAGCAAUAAUUCUAUUAAUGGUGCCUAUGAUUUACGAUCAAAAGAAGAAUCGAAAAUAGAAGAUCAAAAACAUUUAUUUAAAUCUCGGGUUAACAAUAUAAUAGCAAAUCUUCCUCCUAAACCGCCUGCCUCGAAAUCUAACCUACAACCACCUCCUUCAAAGCCGAAACCGAUUGGGGGCUUUCCUAUUUUGCAAUCACAACAAGGAUCUGUCACAAACCAUCUUAGUCGGUCGAUAUCUCCUUCACAUUCAAAUCAUUCAAAUCUUUCAAAUCUUUCGACCAGUCCUAAUGAUUUAAGAAUUGCAGAAGAUCAUCAUGAUCCAUUCGACGAUUCUCAAGGAAUUGAUCCUUUCGCUGAUGAUAAUGAAUCUGAAGAUAUUUAUGAUGAUUUCUCAACUAAUGUUCAAAUAUCUAGAACAAAUCGACUUAGUAAUACUGGUAACACUGGUAAUGCUGAUAAACCAUCAAUUCAAAAAAACAAAACCAAUAAACCACCAUUACCUAAUCGUCCUCAAAUGCCACCACCACCACUUCCAGAUCGUCCCCCAUCAUUACGUGAGAAUAAGGUUAUAAAACGUCGUACGUCUGCUAUUUUAAAUUCAUCUUCAAAAGUUACUCAUCAUCCAUCAGGAACUGAGAAUAAUCAGAUGGAUCCUGUCUUCAAUUCUACUACUGAUGCUCCCGAUUUAUCAAGAGCUAAUCGUAGGCCCCCUAAAAUUAAAGGUAUCCGGGAAAUUAAUAAUAAAGGAACCACUCGAGCAUUCGCGAUAGCAGGUGAAUAUGUUAUUACUGAUUCAGGUCAUACUCGGGUGUGGUUACUUGAAGAAGGUGGAAUUUCUAAUACAAUUUCUCACGAGGAUAGCAAAAUUACGAGUCUUUGUUGGCGUCCAACUCGCAAAUUAGAGGAAGUAGGUCGAUAUAUUUGGGCUGGCGGACAAGAUGGCAAUUUAUUUGCAAUCAAAAUCGAAGGUGAAGAUAAGCAUUUGGAGGUGACACAUAAAGCACAUAGUCAUCCGGUGAAUUUUAUCUUACGUCAUGGAUUUCAAUUAUGGACUCUUGACGAUACUGGGAAAUUACAAAUAUGGUCAGAGGAUGAUGGUGGUAUUGUUUCUCUUAAAUCAAAACCAAAAUCAAUUCGAAUUUCUUCCAAACAAACCUGUGUGCUUAUAGUUGGUCAUCAUCUUUGGACAGCUUCGGGAAAGAGUAUAGAAGUAUUUAAUCCACUCGAUGAGAAUGAAUUAAUUGUAAAGAAAAUUGAUAUCGGAAAUGAUAUAGGGAAUGUAAAAUGUAUGACACAGAUGGACAAUUCUUCUUUUGUUUAUAUUGGACACGAAGAUGGUAAAAUUACAACGUGGGAUGUUAGAACAUUUAAUCAAAAAUCAAUGAAAUGCGUGUCAGUUUAUAGUAUAACAUCAUUGUUAGGUGUUGGUGAUUACUUAUGGGCUGGUUUCAAAACAGGCAUGAUAUAUAUAUAUGAUGUUAGAAGGGAUCCUUGGGUAGUUAUCAAAGAUUGGCAGGCACAUAAAGGACCAGUGAUUGAUAUGAAAUCUGACGAAGAAGGAUUAUGGAGGGUAGACCGUUUGCAAGUUGCAAGUUGUAGUUCUGAAGGACAAAUCAUUGUCUGGGAUGGAUUGAUGGAACAAGAUUGGAUAGCUGACGAAAUGAGUAAUCGUGAAAAAGAAUACUGCAAAUAUGAAGAAGCAAAGGUUUUAAUAUGUUCAUGGAAUAUUGAUGCAUCGAGACCUCCAGAUUUAGAGCAAUCCGCUGAGGGCGUUAAAUUUUUAAAAUCUUGGUUUACAAGUGUCGAGUCACCUGAUAUUAUCGUUAUAGGAUUUCAAGAGAUUGUUGAUUUGGAAUCAAAAAAAGAGGCAGCCAAAACCAUGUUAUUGACAAAAAGGAAAAAGGAAAAGAAAAAUAUUGAUAAUGUCAAUCUACGUUAUAAAGCAUGGCUUGAUAGACUUGUCAAAGCAGUGCAUAAUGCAGCAGACGGAGAAAAAUAUGAAGUUAUUAGUUCGGAAAAUCUGAUCGGAUUGUUUACUUGCAUUUUUGUGAAAGAAUCAGAACGUAAACUUAUAAGGGAUAUUGAUGUUACAAAGAGGAAAACUGGAUUAAAAGGUUAUCAUGGAAAUAAGGGUUCAAUAGCAACUCGGUUCAUAUACGAUGAUUCAUCAAUAUGUUUUGUAAAUUGUCACCUGGCGGCGGGACAAACAAAAACAGUGGAUCGAAAUAAUGAUGCAGCAAACAUAUUAGAUAAUACUCAGUUUCCAGUUUGUGCCAAUGAAUCAUGGAAUGAAAAUGAAUCCGUAUUCACUCACGGAGGUGAUGGUACAAUGAUAUUUGAUCAUGAAUUUUGUUUCUUCAGCGGUGAUCUCAAUUAUAGAAUCGACUUACAACGAGAUAAAGUCUUGGAAGCAAUUGAAAAAAAAGAAUAUGCAUUAUUAUUGGAACAUGAUCAAUUAUUUAAACAACGUAAUACUAACCCAUCCUUUCGAUUACGACCAUUUUCCGAGGGAAUACCUAAUUUUGCACCCACCUAUAAAUAUAAUCGUGGAGAAGAUGAAUACGAUACAUCAGAAAAGAGACGUACUCCCGCUUGGUGUGAUAGAAUAUUAUAUCGUGGGCCAAGUGUAAAAAGUGUAAAACAAGAACAUUAUAGAAGAUAUGAUGUCAAAGUAUCUGACCAUAGGCCAAUCAGCGGAGCAUUUAAAAUUGUAAAAAAGCAAAUAUUAAAAGAAAAACAAAUAGAUGUUAAAGAGAAUGCAAUAAAGGCUUGGAAAGAAAACUUUAAAGAGGAAAAAUUUAAGUCAAUGAUGAAAUGGUUAGAAAGUUGUGGAUACGAACAAUCAAUAAGCAAAAGAGUGCUGAAAGAAAAUCACGAAAAUUUGAGGAAAACCGUUGAAAUAUUAAACAAGAGGAAAAAGAAAUGA